AUGGUGGGAGAUCCGAAGGAUUUAUGGGUAACAAGUUUGCCGUCACAUACUCCAAUCAAUUUUAAAAGAUCAAUUCUCGAAAUCAACGAGAUUUUCGAAUUGGAAAUUUUAGAAAAUCGUUUUGCACUACGACGAUGGCCACGAAAGAUAUGGGUUGAUAAGUUUGAGAGCACAGGCGCUCUAGAAAGAUUGCCCCAGCCAAGCGAAAAGAAGGCAAGAAGAGGGAGAUCGAUACACAAAGCCAUAUUGCGCUACGUUGCUGUAGGCCCGGCGUCAAGCCAAAGUUCCACAUCUGAUAAACUUACUGAAGUCAGUAAAUGA